UGUCACCCACAACUAGUAAUCACACAUUUUUUCACUUUGAGAAUUUUGUCUUUUCAGCUUGUGGGUGCGAAUGGAGUUCUGAAUGUUGGUGGAAAACUACGUCUCCAACUAUAUUGCCCUCCUCCAAGGUCCAGAUCGCAACUAAAUAUUGUGGAAGUUUAUGAUUGGUGGGCAAAAUGUCCCAGAAACCAUUACCCCUCAACACUGUAUGUAACUAUAAAGGGCAUUAAACUUCCAGAACAUGUAGAUCCUUCUUUACGGUCUAUGAUGGCUGUUCAGCAGGAAUAUCAUUCUCCAUCAUUCUUGGACCUGCAAAGUGAAGUAUCUAAAAAAGCAAAUAGUUCUGGACCACAUGUGAAAAAAGAAGAACUACAUAAGUGGUCACGUUUGGAAAUGCAGGUUUGCCGUAUACCAAAUAAGCAUCUGUUUUCCCUACGAGCGGGAGAUAUGGGAUGUUUCUGUAUUCGCUUUUCCGAAGACGGACGAACCUUAGCAGCAGGUUGUGCAGGAAGAGAUGCUUAUCCUAUUAUUUUAUAUGAGAUUCCUUCUGGGCAAAACCUGGUGGAAUUUUAUGGACACCUGAACAUUGUAUAUGAUCUUUGCUGGUCAAAAGAUAACCAGCAUCUCCUUACCGCAUCCUCAGAUGGUACGGCAAGAAUGUGGAAAAUUGAAGCCCAGGCUACAUCAGCCGUGAGAGUUUUCCCUCAUCCUUCCUUUGUCUACACUGCUAAAUACCAUCCAGUAGCUGAAUAUAUUGUAGUGACAGGAUGUUACGACUCUGUGAUUAGAGUAUGGAAUGCAAAAGUGAAGGACAUUUAUGGGCAGCUUCUACAAGAGUUUGAUGGUCACAAAAGUUUUAUCAAUACAUUGUGCUUUGAUGCAGAAGGAUUUCAUAUGUUUUCUGGAGACAGCACAGGGCUGAUCAUCAUCUGGAAUACUUUGGUAAAAGGCAAUUCUCAAUCGCCAAUCCAAAACUGGGGAAUUGAUAAGGAGAUAAAUGAUGAUGAUUUUAAAGGGACCGCGAUCAAUCAUUUAGAGGUACAUCCAAAUGGAAGGCGUUUAUUGAUCCAUACUAAAGACAGUACUGUGAGAAUUAUGGAUCUCCGAAUCCUUGCCACAAAGAAAUAUAUUGGUGCAACAAACUAUCGAGAAAAAAUUCGCAGUACUUUAACACCAUGUGGAACAUUCCUUUUUUCUGGAAGUGAAGAUGGUAUAGCCUAUGUCUGGAAUCCAGAAACAGGUGAUCAGGUAGCCAUGUACUCUGAUCUUUCCUUCACAUCUCCAGUUCGUGAUGUUGCCUUCCAUCCACAUGAGCAUAUGGUGUCAUUUUGUGCCUUUGGUCAAAACCAGCCUAUCCUCGUGUACAUUUAUGAUUACAAG